GUUUCUGAUGGCCGUAAACAUGGCGGCGGUGGAGUGAGUCGCAUGCCUAAACUUUACACUGACAAUUGAUUUCUUGCCUCGCGUACUUUGUUUACGUGAAAGAACGCCGUCGAACUAAAAAUGUCCCGUCACAGGAAUGUCCGAGGUUAUAACUACGACGAAGACUUUGAGGAUGAUGACAUGUACGGGCAGUCGGUGGAAGAUGACUACUGCAUAUCUCCUGCCACUGCCGCACAGUUUAUCUACUCGCGUCAAGACUCAAGGCAAGCUCGACAUGUAGAGACCCUGGAAGAGGCAGAAUAUGAGGAGGAGGAAGAAGAGAUGCCAACCUCUCCCACCAUCACAAGUACACUAGACCCACUACAGCAAGGUCGCUUGUAUUCCUGUUUGGAUCAGAUGAGAGCUGUGCUUGGAGAUUCAAUUCCAGACUCCACACUGACUCAGGCAGCUCUGAAAUAUGACUGUGACCCUCACAGAGCUCUUGAUUUUAUCCUAACUGAGGAGAACACCAAUACACACACCCCUCCAGCCAGAACUAACCCACAUCCCGAGCCUAUCACCACAGCUGCACCACAGAAAGGAGCCUUAUUUCCUCGCUCACACAAUAGUACUAAGACUCUAUCAAGUGCACGUUCGUGCAAACAAGACCAAUCUUACAACCUCAGUGAUCUGUUAGCCAUCCCUGACUCAACCAAAUCCAUACCUGCUGCUCUGAAUCCUCCCCCUGGCUUGGGAAAUGACCAUUUAAAAGUGGUUUCGAGUCAGAAUUUAGGUGGCGAUGGUGGGCAGUCCACUUUAGGACAAAGUUCACUGGCCCAACUAAUAGCUGAGCAUGAACAGAAGUGUACAAAUGUUCCACCUCUAAUUCCCUCCACUGCUUUCUCAUUGGAUAACACGGUUCCCCUCUCUACCAGUCCUUUUGGUUCUUUUCUUGGUCCUGCUGCCCCACUUUCUACAGUGCUCUCUCAGGGUCCUAGUGUUCCACCUAUUUCCGGUUUGUCCGUUGGCUCUGGUGCGAGACUCUCCUCUGGUCUCUCUUUGGGCACGUCGGUCCCAGCUGGUCUGGGUGUGACAUCCUCUUCUCUUUUAACCUGCUCUCUCAGUAGACUAGCACUGCAGGAUUCCAAGCCAUCCGCCCCUCUUCCUGUCUCAUUGGGAAGUUUGAGCUCUGUCCUACAAAGUAGUGCACCUUUGGGAGUACCAGGACAAGCAAAAAGCUCUGGAAGCCUUUCAUUGGCUGAGCUUAUCCAAGAGCAUCAGGACAACAGUCCUAAACUCUGUGAAAGUUUGCCUGGACUCCAAAAUGCACAUAAUUCACAUACAGCAUGUCCUCAAAAGCCUAUCCAUGCAUCUGCUGCAAAUGCUCCUCCUGGCUUUUCAGAGGCACCAUCCCUGUCCGACCUCUUGUCCCAACACCAAACGUCACUUGGGUUGCAACUUCCAACAUGCAAGAGUGAAAAUAAGUCUAAUCAGCAAGCAUCAAACAAAUCAGCAGCCGCUGUGCCUAAGCCCCGCCCACUAAGCUUAAAUCAGAGUGUUGAUCUUAGUGCACUCAUGUCCCAAACGUCUCCCGACGGUCGCUCACCAACCCUGUCGGGUUUUACCCACAUCUCUGAUAGUCAGAAAAAAGGUGUGCGUGUUAAACCAUCGAAUUUUGCGGUGGCGAUGUGCGUGCCUGUGAGAUACGAGAAGAGUCGGCGCAAUAGAGCGAUUCAUAGCGCUUUCUUAUACAGCAGACAAAUGGAGAGAGUGAAAGAACGAGUGCAGUGUCUGCCUCUUCAUCACAUCACCCCGUUUUCUUUCAACACACCCUCUCCAGAUGAUAUAGUCAAAGCGAAUCAGAGGAAAGCUUUUACUCGAGACUGACUUUUUUUUAAAAAACACCUUUUAAACAUCUACCAAACUGAAAUUUGAACCCUCUAGGUGUUUUGCAACUCAGGUUCAUUUAAUUUUAUACAUUUAAAAAACGCCACAGCCACAAUUUUGGCCAUAUUUCAAAGCCUAAAUCGAGACAUUGUCUGACUGAAUGGUUAAUAGUAUAUAUAGAAUGAACUGAAUAGAUUAGUGUUCAUAGUUUUAGCAAAAUGUGAACUUUAAGACGUCAACACUCAGAUGGUUUGUACGUUUGAGCCCUGAAAUUAUUUAAAGCACUGAGACAGCUAUUUUAUCUUGUUCCCCAUAUAAUACUUUAUACUUUUGUAUUUUUUCUAUUUUUUUUAUUUAUUUACAGCUAACCAUUACACUGGAAAGUUAAAAAAGGUCUGUAAUUAGUAGUCUAAAAGGACUAAUUUUUUUUGUCUGAAACAUCACAACUUCAGUAAUUUAGUAUUACUUUUGAAGUAUAUUUUUAAUUUUUCAUUUGGAUUUUCAGACUUUUUAAAAUGAUUCAUUAAGCUAAAUGUAUAUUUUUGUACUUGAUUAUGUAGUUUUACAAACAUUUUGACAAAUUAUGCUUACAUUCUAGAGUCGCUUUACAUAGCAAAAAAAACACAGUAGGAACAAAUACAGUGCAAAAAUAAAGGAUGAAAAAACAACAGAUUCUCUCUACAGCUGUUUUGCUGCCUUUUGAAAUGAGGCGCAGUGCUGGUUUACCACAAACACAGAAAGAGGGAAGACAUUUGGGUUUGGGGGACACCUGGAGUUUUUCCUAUUAUGUGUUUUGACACUGAGCACUGUAAAAGUGCAUUUUAGUUAUUAUAAUGAACAUUCAGUACACACUUUCAUCUUUUUUUCUAAUUGAAUUUUGAUUAUUUCCUUUUUAAUUUGUUUUAAAGCACUGAUGUACAUAUGUGGUUGCUGUGGCAAUGGGCCUGGCAUUUUGUAUAUAUUCUGAAAUAAAGAUUUUCCCGUUUCAUUUCUGA